AUGCAAAAAAGAGUUAGUGACAUUACUACUUUAAAAAUUAGAACAACAAAUCCAAAUGGUUUAAAUAAAUAAUAUCUUUCAUAGAUAUCUCUCAAAGUGAUCAACCUUUUUUUAAUCAAAGACUCGAUCAAACAAGAGAUAAUAUUCAAAUUCCAUAAUCUAUUUAGGAGAUACUUUUUCCUAACUUUUAAUUAAGAUCUUUGACAUCUGUAAUUGCAUUGUUAUUAACUUUAAAUUAUAUAUGUCAAUACAUCUAUUAUAAAGUUUCAGGAUAUAAAUAUUUUGGAUGUGUAUUAUAUGAAUUGGGUGCAUUUUAUGCAGCUGAUGUAAUUUAUGAAUGUACUAAUCAUUUGGAAUUAAGAUGAGUUCUAUAGAUAUAUUACUGGGACCUUGUAUUUUGGGAGUAUCUACAAUGCAAUCAUUUUUGUAAUUACAUUUACAAUGGAAGCCUAUACAUUAGAAUAUAUGUUAGGAAAGUUUGUUAUUUGCAUAUAUUUAAAUGCAGGAAUCUAUGGUUUAAUAUUCUCAGCAUUGAUUUAUAAAAAUUCUAUCACAACAGGAAAUUGUGGAAUCAUUUUUACUAUCUUAGUCCUCUAUGGGUCUAAUCUAAUUAAAAAAUAUCAUGAAAUGGAAAAUGCCAAAGCUAUCAUAGGUCUUUAUUGUAUACUAUUAAUUUUAAACUUUUUAACCAUUUUAGAAACUCAAAAUACAAAUAUUGGUAUAGUUAUUGGAGGAAUAAUUAAUGGGUUUGGUAUAUCAAUAUUUAUACAUUUUCGUCAUAUUAAUGAAAAAACAAAAAAAGUUACAUUUAUUUUAUUAUUUGUAAUAUUUUCAGUUGAAAUCAUGCUAUUUGGAUUAUUACAGAAUAUAGAUGUUGAUAAGAUAUUCAAAAUUAAUUUAUUUUGUUGA